AUGCUAUAUCUCGUGGGUCUCGGUCUUGCGGACGAAAAGGACAUCACGGUCCGAGGAUUGGAGGUCGUCAAAUCUGCUUCUAGAGUCUACCUAGAAGCUUAUACGAGUAUCUUGCUGGUCGAGAAGGAGAAGCUAGAAGCUUAUUAUGGACGUCCUGUGAUUGUAGCAGACCGCGAGCUCGUUGAAAGUGGAAGCGAUGAUAUCCUCGAAAAUGCAAAGGAUGUUGAUGUUGCGUUUCUAGUCGUCGGGGAUCCGUUUGGAGCAACUACACAUACGGAUCUAGUCUUACGAGCCCGUGAACUCGGGAUUCCCACGAGGACCAUCCCCAAUGCAUCAAUUCUGUCAGCCAUCGGUUGCACAGGCCUGCAAUUAUACAACUUUGGUCAAACCGUUAGCAUGGUCUUCUUCACCGAAACAUGGAAACCAUCUUCAUAUUACGACCGGGUCAAGGAGAACGCACAACUGGGUUUACACACUCUCGUGCUACUAGAUAUCAAAGUCAAGGAACAAUCUUUGGAAAACAUGGCACGAGGACGCAAGAUCUACGAACCACCACGAUACAUGACCGUCGCACAAUGCGCAAGCCAGAUGCUGGAGACUGAAGAGGAAAGACAGGAAGGUGUCUAUGGACCGGACAGUCUCGCUAUUGGCGCUGCUCGUGUCGGAGCUCCUGACCAGAAACUUGUUGCGGGAACGCUCAAGGAGUUGGCCGAGGUUGAUAUGGGACGGCCUCUUCAUAGUUUGGUUUUGCUUGGUAAAAGAGCACAUGAUCUGGAGCGGGAUUAUAUCGAGCAGUUUGCGGUCAAUAAGGAGACGUUCCAUGCAGCUUGGAAGCAGGGAUACGGCCAUACUUAG